GACCUCGUGACGUAACUUCAGGCGCCUGAAGGGCCCAUCACUCGGUUCCGGGCUGUUUGUCGUAGUGCCUGUUACGACUGUCUUUCCGUCCCCGCAUCCCGAGUCGGGGCCGCCAUGCCCGCAGUCCUGGGGUUCGAAGGAAGCGCCAACAAGAUCGGCGUGGGCGUGGUGCGCGACGGCACGGUGCUGGCUAACCCGCGGCGCACUUACGUCACGGCCCCGGGCACCGGAUUCCUCCCAGGAGACACGGCCAGGCACCAUCGAGCUGUUAUCCUAGACCUACUACAGGAGGCGCUAACAGAGGCAGGAUUGACUGCACAGGACAUCGAUUGCAUUGCUUACACCAAAGGUCCUGGCAUGGGAGCCCCAUUGGCUUCUGUAGCUGUUGUCGCCCGUACUGUGGCCCAGUUGUGGAAUAAGCCUUUGAUAGGUGUGAACCACUGCAUCGGCCACAUUGAAAUGGGCCGCCUCAUCACAGGAGCCAUUAACCCUACUGUUCUGUAUGUGAGUGGAGGAAAUACUCAGGUGAUUUCCUACUCAGAACAUCGUUACCGAAUCUUUGGGGAAACUAUUGAUAUUGCUGUGGGAAAUUGUCUGGAUCGUUUUGCCCGAGUACUGAAGAUUUCUAAUGACCCAAGUCCAGGCUACAACAUUGAGCAGAUGGCAAAGCGAGGCAAGAAGCUAGUUGAGCUGCCAUACACUGUAAAGGGAAUGGAUGUCUCUUUCUCAGGGAUUCUGUCCUUCAUUGAGGAUGCAGCGCAGCGAAUGCUGGCAACAGGGGAGUGUACUCCCGAAGAUCUGUGUUUCUCCCUACAGGAAACUGUGUUUGCAAUGCUGGUGGAGAUAACAGAGCGAGCCAUGGCACACUGUGGCUCCAAGGAAGCCCUCAUCGUCGGAGGAGUGGGAUGUAACAUGAGGCUACAGGAGAUGAUGGCGACUAUGUGCCAGGAGCGGGGAGCACAGCUCUUUGCAACAGAUGAGAGAUUCUGUAUUGACAAUGGAGCCAUGAUAGCCCAAGCUGGUUGGGAGAUGUUUCAGGCUGGACAUAGGACACCUCUCAAAGAUUCUGGAAUUACUCAGAGGUAUAGGACAGAUGAAGUAGAAGUGACGUGGAGGGACUAGCAACACCUACAGAUUCCGCAGAGCUUCCCAAGAAGAGUGCUGAUGUGGGAGUGAAUCUUGGUGACGCUAGUGACUCCUCUUCUCUGGCAAGUGAAUGGACCCCAUAUAAGGAUUAGGGUCCUUGUGCAACCCCAAGAUGACUCCACAAUAAAAAAUUGUUUUUGUUUGUUGAUAA